UCAGGGACGGGUCUCCACUAGGGCCGGCAGUGGUAGGGGCCGUCUGUCCGGCCGCUCCAGUUAUCAAGCCCGCAGCUCGGGCAGAGGCUCCUUCAACCAGAGGCCUCCUUUCCAGGACCAAAGGAAUCCCCCCUCAUUCUUCCCGGCCAGAGGCGGCCAAUGGCGUUCCAGGUCGGUCAGAGGGAAUCCGAGCUACAGAAAAUCUUUCGGUAAGUCUUUCCCCAGUGGGGACUUCUUCCACCCCUCGCGUAGGGGGCAGACUCCGUCUAUGUUCCCACGUUUGGUCCAAAAUCACAUCAGACCCAUGGGUGCUGACCACUGUGCAGGGGUUCCACAUAGAACUUACGGGUUCCCCAGAUUUCGUCCUUUCUUCCCCGCCCCUGGCGCUACCGGACAGGGAGCUAGUGGACAUAGAACUUUUUUCCCUCUUGCACAAGGGUGCGAUAGAAAGGGCCCCUCCUACCCGAUGGGGCGUUCUCAGCCACAUUUUUCUAGUUCAGAAAAAAGGGGGUCAAUUCCGUCCGGUCAUAAAUCUCCGGGCGCUGAACUCUGUGGUGCGCUACCGCCACUUCAAGAUGGAGGGGAUUCACCUCCUUCGGGACUUGCUGAUUCCAGGGGACUGGAUGGUGAAGCUGGAUCUCAAAGAUGCCUAUCUGACGGUUCCGGUGGCCUCCUCCUCCAGGGACCUUCUUCGCUUCCUGUGGAAGGGCGAAGUGUGGCGCUCCCAGUCAUGGCCUGGCUGCGGAGUCGGGGGGUGCGUCUUGUCAUAUACUUGGACGACAUCCUCAUUAUGCACCAGGAUCGGCAGUCUCUGCUACAACACCUCCAGUGGACCUCGGAUCUGCUGACGAGUCUGGGUUUUCUACUCAAUCUCGAGAAAUCCUGUCUCACGCCGUCUCGGCGUAUGGAGUUUCUGGGCUUCACGGUGGACUCUGUCGCGGAAUCCCUCAGUCUUCCUGCGGAGAAGUUGCGGACUAUACGCAAGGAGUUGAGACAUGCUCUCUCGACUCCCUCCCUAUCCCUACGCCAUCUGGCUCGCAUCAUCGGGCUAUUAGCCUCCUCUAUCCAAGCAGUCUUUCCCGCUCCACUCCAUUAUCGGGCUUUACAGCGUCUGAAGAUCGCCCACCUCCGUGCCGGGGCCUCAUUUGCAGACGCGGUGAUUCUGGAUCAGGAAGCUCAGGAGGAACUCCGUUGGUGGUUGAGCAACUUGGAAGCCUGGAAUGGCAGAGCAAUUUUCGGAUUCCAACCGGAAUUCACGGUGGAAUCGGACGCGAGUCUCCAGGGCUGGGGGGCCCACUGCGAGGGUAUCUCCACUGGCGGUCGAUGGUCGGAGUCCGAGACCCGUUUUCACAUCAACGCUCUGGAACUUCUAGCGGGUUCAUUUGCCAUCAGGAGUUUCACCAAGGGCAUUGCUCAGGCAUGCAUCCGUCUACGCAUGGACAACGUGUCGGCGGUCCGAUACGUCAAUCAUCUAGGCGGCACUCAAUCGGCCACCUUGGCCCGACUGGCGAAGGAUUUCUGGUCCUACUGUCUGUCCAGGGACAUCAUGGUUCAAGCGGAGUACCUUCCGGGUCUCCACAACUACCGAGCGGAUUGGAGCUCCCGAUGCUUCACGGACGGCAGCGACUGGAGGUUGAAUCUGGAGAUCUUCUCCAUGAUCUCAGACAUCUGGGGUCCUUGUUCCAUAGACCUCUUCGCGUCCCGUCUCAACACUCACCUGCCCAGGUUCUUCAGCUGGCGUCCGGAUCCGGAGGCAGAGGCGGUGGAUGCGUUUCUCCAGGACUGGUCUGCAGCCCUACAUUACGCAUUUCCGCCGUUCGCCAUGAUUCCGAGGAUGCUGCUACAGACUCGUCGUCAGGCGGCGGAAUUGGUGGUGGUGAUUCCCUUCUGGGGGUCUCAAGCCUGGUACCCGAUUAUCCUGGAACUCCUGGUGGAUGUGCCUCUCCUACUCCCGACGCGGACGGAUCUCCUCCAGGACCCGCUGGGUGCCCCACAUCCUCUCCUGGUCGAGGGCUCCCUUCAACUUCUGGCGUGCCGAAUCUCAGGACUCCAGGCGAGGUCGAGGGAGUUUCGGAGGCAACUAGACGCCUCCUGGACAACGCUUGGGCUCCCGGCACCCGAAAAUCUUACCGGGCAGCUUGGGGAUCUUGGGUUGGCUGGUGCAUGGAACGGGACCUGGAUCCCGUUUCGGCGUCUGUGACCCAUUUAUUGCAAUUCCUGACGUCUCUUUUUGAAGCAGGGAAAGCUUAUCGGACCAUCAAUUUGUUCCGUUCCGCGAUUUCCUCGACUCAUCAGGGUUUUGAUGGCGUUCCUGCUGGUCAACACCCUUUGGUGUCUCGGCUUUUACGUGGCUCGCGUUUGGCUCGGCCUCCUCGGCCGCGUUUCACCGCUACGUGGGAUGUCUCCCUGGUCCUGUCUUUUCUCUCUUCCUGGCCCGACAACGCGUCUCUUUCCCUCCGUCAGCUGUCGGCCAAAUUGCUGACUCUUUUUUGCCUGAUUUCCUGUAAGAGGGUCUCAGAUGUUAGGGCUCUGGAUCAUGAUGCCAGGUCCUUUACGCCCGAGGGUGUUACUUUUAACAUCACACGGCGUACCAAGACCAAUAUUCGGUCGGUGUCCUAUCCCAGUUUUCCGUCUUCUCCGGCGCUCUGUCCUGUAGUUUGCCUGCGGGAAUAUGAGUUGCGCACUCGGUCUCACCGUUCUGCGGACAAUCCGCAGCUUUUCCUCUCUAUUCGCCAUCCCUUUGGCCCGGUGACCAGUCCCACUUUGGCGCGAUGGAUGAAGUGGGUCAUGUCUCUUUCCGGGAUUGAUACGACGAUCUUUACCGCUCACUCGGCCAGGGGCGCGGCUGCUACUGCCCUGGCAGUUUCGGGGGCUCGUUUGGAGGACAUUCUGCGUCUGGCUGACUGGUCUAGGGCCACGACGUUCACAGAAUUUUAUUUCCGUCCUCCAACUCACGUGUUUUCAGCUAUUAUUGAGCAGCUUUGAACUUGCAAUACGAAGCCUCCGUGUCUUGCUGUAAAACUAAAUGAUUUUCCUAUUUCAUGACGUAAAGUCAUAGUUUUAUUAAAGACACGGAGGCGAGUAUUGCCCGCCCUAGA